UUCAUCACCAACGAUGGCACUGAAAUUCGCCCCCUCCGGCUACCGCUGCCUUCGCACUGCACGAGGUGUUCACGGCAUUCGUCUCUUUACAACGAGCCCACCUGCUUACUAUAAGAACGUGAUUGUGUCGAAACCUGACCCGGCAGUCGCAUUGAUUACUUUGAAUCGUCCCAAUGCCCUCAAUGCACUCAACGCUGCUCAUUUCGAUGACAUCUCGAGCGCACUCAGAGAGGCUGACGAAGACCCCACCAUUGGAGCCAUGGUGAUUACAGGUUCCGACAAGGCGUUCGCUGCCGGUGCCGAUAUCAAGGAGAUGAAGGACAAAACAUUCGCAGAAGCUUACAUGUCCAACUUCCUUGCCAACUGGGAAGUCAUUGCCAAGCUCCGAAAACCAGUCAUCGCAGCAGUCAGUGGGUAUGCUCUUGGUGGUGGACUUGAGCUUGCGCUUCAAGCUGACAUCCUCCUUGCGGCACCUUCCGCCAAACUGGGCCAACCUGAAAUUAAUCUCGGAGUGAUUCCAGGUGGUGGUGGUACCCAGCGCCUUGCCCGUCUGAUCGGUAAAUGCCGUACUAUGGAAAUGGUGCUCACCGGCCGCAUCAUCGACGCCGAAGAGGCUGAACGCUGGGGUUUAGUAAACAAGGUCGUGCGUGAGGAAAGCGGAGUCGUGGAUGCGGCGAUCAAGUUGGCCAGGGAAGUUGCCAGCAAAAGUCGCGUGGCAGUCGUUGCCGGAAAGGAAGCGGUUAACGCUGCGUUCGAACUGUCCCUUUCGGAGGGGCUAAGGUUUGAGCGGAGGUUAUUCCAUAGUUUGUUUGCUACCGAAGACCAGAAAGAGGGUAAGUACAAUGCCAAGCGGCGUCCUCGUUUAUGCUAAUACACUCCUGGUACAGGCAUGAUGGCGUUCGUGGAGAA